CCCCUUCUGACGACAUUAAUGCUCUUCCGGGUGAAUAUAGCGGAGUCAAAGUAGCAACGUAAACAGAAAGGUCGGUUUAAUUUUUAUCUGCCUUGGUUUACCAGUUCCAACAUUUCUUCAUCUGCAUCUCUCCGAGACCCCAAAAUUUUAAAUACAACACAAUUAAGUUUGUUUAUGCUGGGACGCCAUGCUAAAGGUAGCUUAUUGUGAUCAGCGGGAAGUUUUGCAGGAGUUAAGAUGACGAAGGUGAGCAGGUAUGGGCUCUGUCCGCUGGGGUUUCCGCUGCGGGUCGUGGACACCGAGCAGGUCCGAAUGGUUGUUUGCUGCUCGGUGUGUCCAGCAAGAAGAGAAGGACAGGAUCGGACAGUUUGUCUUCGCUAAGGAUGCUAAGUCAGCGAUGGCUGGCCGGCUGUUGCUCAGGAAAUUUGUUUGUGAGAUGAUGGGAAUCCCCUGGUCACAGAUCAGAUUAAACCGAUCCCCUCGAGGGAAACCAUAUCUGGCUGCCCCUCUACAGGUCACUACUGGUUCUGAUCCACCCUGGAGUUUCAACAUCUCCCACCAAGGCGACUAUGCUGUGCUUGCUGCACAGCAGGGGGUGCAGGUUGGAGUAGAUGUGAUGAAGACCACGCUGCCAGGUAGCAACUCCGUCCCGGAGUUUUUCCGCAUCAUGACUCGUCAGUUUACAGCGCACGAAUGGAGCACCAUCCAAUCAGCCGCCUCGGAGCACCAGCAGCUUGCCGCGUUCUACCGCCAUUGGACCCUGAAGGAGAGCUUCAUCAAGGCCAUCGGCACAGGUCUGGGCUUCAACCUGCAGAGGGCGGAGUUUCACCUGUCACCUGAGCUGCUCACACUUGGCACCGUGCUGCGCCAGACCAAGAUGCAUCUGGAUGAGGAACCAGAGGAUUUGUGGGUAUUUGAAGAGAGCCUGCUGGACGCCGACCAUCACGUCGCCGUUGCACUCGGACCAGCGGACGAGGCCAGCUCCGCAGUAAGGAAACGUAGCUUUGGUGACUUGAGUAGCUGCUCUGCUUUAUUUGUGACAAAGACAAAACAGCAUUUCCAACUGAAUAUACAUCUGAGGCCAGCUUUGAGAAAAUAAGAGAAAAGAAGUGUGAGUGAAAGACAAAGUAACAUCUGUGUUUAGGUGAAAAUAUGCUUUUUGUCCCCCUCCCCCACACACACAAAAGGUAGUUAAAUACAGUGGUCGCAUCAGUGUCCUGUCGAUGGGAGGGAGCAGGGAAUUUGUUCUUGGUGUUUUUCGUUUGGCCAAAAAAACCAUGGCUUUUGUUGGGAGUGAGAAAUUGUCAUUUUUCUGCCAGUUUUAGGAGACAGAAAUAUGUGCAAAAUCAGAUGUGACUCAGUGGUUUGGAUAAAUAAGAGCCAGCUGGGUCAGACCAGACAGGACGAUCUGACAGCUGAUGAGCCACCGGCCCGCUAGUCUGUUCUUACUUUCCUCACACACACACACAGCCAUGUAAACGGAGGCCAUGGUUCCCUCGGUGCAUAUCGUUCAGAACAGUGUCCAGACAAUUUAAAUUAAUAAUGAAGCGAAUUGUAUGCGUCGCAUCAGUAACGUGUCUCUUCAGGACCAGAACCAGCGCACCAUUGUAAUUCUUGUAGGCGCAUCAUUGUUCCGUAUAAAAGCGAGUCUGGAAUUUUAAACGCAUCAUCUUUUCCUGCCUGGGCCUGGACCUCGUUUCUAAUGAAGAAGAACCAGCUGAAUUUAUUUUGAAGGCAUUUCUACAGCUGCCAAUAAUUGUGCCACCAUUUCUCAACUUAUAUUUCUCACUGAAUGAAUGUACUCAAGUAAAUAGGUGCAUUUUUCUAAAUUUA